GCGGGGGCCAGGGGGAGGGGAGGGGGGGCCGCGCAGCGAGAGCCGUUGGGCCUGGCUCUGAGAAGGCGUUGCCGCUGCCGCUGCCGUUGCCGCCACCAGGAAACACAAGGAGUGGGACCAAGCGCAGCGUGGCGAUGGGCGGGAGUAAAGCCCCUCCAGAGACGCUGGGCGGCCGCCGGUGACAGACUGUGCUCUGUCCACUGCACCUCCUGCAUGUCCUGCUGCCCUGAGCUGUCCCAAGCUAGGUGACAGCGUGUCACACUGCCACCAUGAACGAGGUGUCUGUCAUCAAAGAAGGCUGGCUACAUAAGCGCGGUGAAUACAUCAAGACCUGGAGGCCCCGGUACUUCCUGCUGAAGAGUGAUGGCUCCUUCAUUGGCUACAAGGAGCGGCCCGAAGCCCCUGACCAGACCCUGCCCCCUCUCAACAACUUCUCCGUUGCAGAAUGCCAGCUGAUGAAGACUGAAAGACCACGGCCCAACACCUUUGUCAUACGCUGCCUACAGUGGACCACCGUCAUUGAGAGGACCUUCCAUGUCGACUCUCCAGAUGAGAGGCGAGAGUGGAUGCGGGCCAUCCAGAUGGUCGCUAACAGCCUCAAGCAGCGGGUUCCAGGUGAGGACCCCAUGGACUACAAGUGUGGCUCCCCCAGCGACUCUUCUGCAGCCGAGGAGAUGGAGGUGGCAGUCAGCAAGGCGCGGGCCAAGGUGACCAUGAAUGACUUCGACUAUCUCAAACUCUUGGGCAAGGGCACCUUUGGCAAAGUCAUCCUGGUGCGGGAGAAGGCCACCGGCCACUACUACGCCAUGAAGAUCCUGCGGAAGGAAGUUAUCAUUGCCAAGGAUGAAGUUGCCCACACAGUCACUGAGAGCCGGGUCCUCCAGAACACCAGAUAUCCCUUCCUCACGGCGCUGAAGUAUGCCUUCCAGACCCACGACCGCCUGUGCUUCGUCAUGGAGUAUGCCAAUGGCGGUGAGCUCUUCUUCCACCUGUCCCGGGAGCGGGUCUUCACGGAAGAGCGGGCCCGCUUUUAUGGCGCAGAGAUUGUCUCCGCCCUCGAGUACUUGCACUCGAAGGAUGUGGUGUACCGCGACAUCAAGCUGGAAAACCUCAUGCUGGACAAAGAUGGCCACAUCAAGAUCACUGACUUUGGCCUAUGCAAAGAGGGCAUCAGUGAUGGGGCCACCAUGAAAACCUUCUGUGGGACCCCCGAGUAUCUGGCACCCGAGGUGCUGGAGGACAACGACUAUGGCCGCGCUGUGGACUGGUGGGGGCUGGGCGUGGUCAUGUACGAGAUGAUGUGUGGCCGCCUGCCCUUCUACAACCAGGACCACGAGCGCCUCUUCGAGCUCAUCCUCAUGGAGGAGAUUCGCUUCCCACGCACACUCAGCCCUGAGGCCAAGUCCCUGCUCGCCGGGCUGCUUAAAAAGGACCCUAAGCAGAGGCUUGGCGGGGGGCCCGGUGAUGCCAGGGAGGUCAUGGAGCACAGGUUCUUCCUCGGCAUCAACUGGCAGGAUGUGAUGCAGAAGAAGCUCCUGCCACCCUUCAAACCUCAGGUCACAUCCGAGGUCGACACAAGGUACUUUGACGACGAGUUCACCGCCCAGUCCAUCACGAUCACACCCCCGGACCGCUAUGACAGCCUGGGCUCGCUCGAACUGGACCAGAGGACCCACUUCCCCCAGUUCUCCUACUCGGCCAGCAUCCGCGAGUGAGCAGCGCCGCCGCCGCCACCACAGGACGCAAGCUGCCACCACCGCUGGGGGCUGUCUUCUCUUUUUUUAUUUUGCCUUUUUUGUUUGUGUCCCCAUCCUUCACGUUCUCACACCCAUUUCCAGUUUUUUUCUUCAGCCCUCUGCCAAACUGGACUCCGCGGUCCCAGGGGCCCUGCCUCCCGGAUCCUGCCCUGCCCUUGCCUUUGCGCC